AUGAGGCCUAUUCGCGUCGAUGAGAGGCCGAAAGAGAACAUAUUCAUAUUCUAUGAUUUUGAAACGCAGCAGUGUACCCCUGUAAAAGGUGAUCCUACAACGCGCGUUCACGAACCGAAUCUUUGCGUAGCUCAACGUGUCUGCACCAAGUGCUGCGAUAAUGUUUCUAUAGACGAGCCGUGCGAGCAUUGCGGGGAUCACGAGUUUAUAUUUAGGACGAACCCUGUGUGUCAACUUGUGGAGUUAGCCAUACAGAGUAUGCCGAACUUCUCUCACGUAUUUUUAAUAGCCCAUAACGCCGGUGGUUUCGACGCCCAGUUUAUCCUGCGCUACCUCAUCGAGGAGAAAAAAACGCAGCUCCCAUCUUUAAUAAUGAACGGUACUAAAAUCAUCACAAUGCGCGUUGGCAAACUCGUGUUUCUCGACAGCUUGAACUACUUUCACAUGCCUCUGAGCGCACUGCCUAAAUCUUUCGGUCUAAAAACUGCUCUCGCCAAAGGAUCUUUUCCGCAUCUGUUCAAUAGGCCCGAGAAUCAAAAUUAUAUUGGGCCGAUGCCGCCUGCAGCCGAUUACUCUCCCGACACUAUGCGCCCGGGGGAACGCGAGCGUUUUUUUGCAUGGUAUAACGAGUUAAAGAAUGCCUCUUAUGUAUUUAACUUUUCAAACGAGCUCAUAACCUAUUGUAAAAACGACGUUACGAUAUUGAGACAGGCCUGUGUGGUUUUCCGGAAAAUGUUCAAGGACAGCGGACGCGUUUGCCCGUUUAGCGAAAACACAACAAUCGCGUCCGCCUGCUUUCAAAUCUUUCGAAAAAAUUUUUUAAAACCUAACACGAUCGGUAUUAUACCUACGGGCGGUUACAGAUGGGCUCACAAUCAGUCAAAAAAAGCGGUCUCUUGGCUCGUGUGGAUGGAGCAUUCUUUAAAUCGUCGUAUCAUUCACGCAGGACGCUCGCGCGAGUUUAAACUGCCUCAAAAUUUAUUAGUAGACGGUUACUACGAAACACCUGAUUCAGCCCACGUGUUACAGUUUCACGGUUGCUAUUGGCACGGGUGUUUGAGUUGUUUCACUGUAAACAGAGACCGUGUACAAGGCGACGGUGAUACACUGAACGAGCGUCUCGAGAGAACAAACGCUAUAUCGCAGAGAAUCCGCUCAAGCGGCUACACGUUAACAGAGAUUUGGGAGUGCGCGUAUGACCGGAUGAUAAAAACAGAUUUAGAGAUGAGCGCUUUUGUGAGUGAUCACCCUCUGGUUCGAGCGGAGCCUCUCAAUCCGCGCGAUGCUUUUUUCGGUGGUCGCACGGAAAACAUGGUCACUCUGUACGACGUGAAAGACGGGGAGCAGAUACGAUAUGUUGACGUUUGCUCUUUGUACCCAUACAUCUGCAAGUACGGCAAAUAUACUAUAUACGUCGGCGACGAGUGCAGGGCGCUGACAGGUCCCGAAAAUAAUAUCAGUCUUUCCCGCGUCGAGGGCCUUGUUAAAUGUACAGUGCUUCCACCGCAAAAUCUUUAUCAUCCGGUGCUGCCGGUGCGAAUGCAUCAACGCCUGUUAUUCGGGUUAUGUCGUAGCUGCUGCGAAACAAUGAACCAGGACGCGUGUCCUCAUGAAGACCCCGCGGAGCGUGUGUUUAGCGGUACUUGGGUAGUGGAUGAAUUGCGAAAAGCUAUUGCGUGCGGGUAUAAAAUAUUAACCGUGAGCGAGAUUUGGCAGUAUAAUAUAACGCAGUACAACCGCGAUACACAGAAGGGGGGCCUUUUCACCGGGUACAUAAACACUUUUCUUAAAAUCAAACAAGAGGCUAGCGGUUGGCCCGAGGGUUAUGCAGAUGACGAGGCUGCCCAAGAGCGUUAUAUAACUGCUUUUAAGACAGCCGAAGGGGUUCAGCUGGAGCGGGGUGCGGUAGCGAAAAACCCGGGGCUGCGCUCGGUAGCCAAGCUUUGUCUUAACUCCUUUUGGGGUAAAUUUGGACAACGCGAAAAUUUACCGCAAACAGAAAUAGUAUCGACACGCGAAAAACUUAUGGAGCUGCUAAAUAGCCCCGAGCACGAGAUCACUGGUAUGCUACCUGUUAACAACCAGGUGCUGUAUGUUAAUUAUACGAAAACCAGUGAUGCUGUAAUACCGUCUAAUAUAGCAAAUACUGUCACAGCUGCAUACACCACAGCCCAAGCCCGUUUAAAACUUUACACCUAUCUCGAACCGCUGGGUAAGCGUGCUCUGUACUGCGACACCGAUUCCGUUAUUUAUGUCACGAGAAAAGAGCCUGGAGAGUAUGAACCGCCAACGGGUCAAUUGCUAGGGGAUUUAACCGACGAGCUAAGCUCUUACGGCGAGGGCAGUUACAUUAAGUCUUUCAUCUCAGGCGGCCCUAAAUUUUAUUCUUUCAUAGUUAAUACGCCGGGCGGCGCGGAAAGCGAGGUUUGCAAGGUUAAAGGCAUAACGCUGAAUUACGCAAACAGCUCGCUGAUAAAUUACGAAUCAAUACGGUCAUUUAUAAUAGGUGAGAGAGAGAAUCCUGUUGUACUACAGUUUGAUUCAAUACGCCGUACACCAUUCCACCAGGUUGUCACACGACCCGAAAAGAAAUCGUGCAUGCCUCUGAGUGUCAAGCGAAGACGUGAUGGCGAAUACGGUUCGCUCCCUUACGGUUACAAAUAG